GUGGUCACCAUGAGCGUCACAGGUCACGUUAAAAGUCACGGGAAGAGCUCUUCCAUAUGAUGUUUACUGAACAUUAAUAAAAUCACGCGAGCUGCGUUUAAACGUUAUUAAAGCUUUCUCGGCUUUUAUGAAGAGUAGUUAUCAUGGAUGAAGAUGGAUUACCGAUUGUGGGUUCAGGUGUAGAUCUUACGAAGGUUCCGGCGAUUCAGCAAAGAAGAAUCGUCGCUUUUCUCAACCAGUUCAUCGUCCACACGGUCCGCUUCCUCAACCGCUUUUCCACCGUGUGCGAGGAGAAACUUGCAACAAUAUCGUUACGGAUCCAGCAAAUCGAAACAACACUCAGCAUCUUGGAAACAAAGCUGUCCUCAAUCCCUGGCCUGGAGGACGUCACAGUGGACAGGGUGGACCACAGGCCUUCUGCAGAGACCAACGGACCGGCAGUGGGAUCCAGUACUCCUGCAGUCUCAGCUGCUCCUUCUCCUCCUUCUGAGGUUCCUGGACAAGGGCAGGAAGGCUCUCAGGGGCAUAAGGGAGAACCGGCGGCAGACAAUGUGAUGACCGUAGCGAAGGACCCACGAUACGCCAGAUACCUCAAAAUGGUGCAAGUGGGUGUUCCGGUCAUGGCGAUAAAAAACAAAAUGAUUCUUGAGGGUUUAGACCCCAGUCUCUUAGAUGCACCAGAUGCCCCGGUACCAGACGGUAGCAAGAAGGCGACUGAAGAACAAGAUGACAACAGCUCAGACAGCGAAUCGUCUUUCAGUGACUGAUUAGUCACUGACCUAAUGACCUAAUCACGGUCUUUAUAGUGAACCGGCCCACUGAGUAUUGACUCUGUAGCGGGUAAAUGUAUGUAGUGUACACGCCCAAGCUGUGGACGCUCACACGGACUACGCUUGUGCCAUAUGAGUGGCUUAGACGUGCCUUAGACCUGGCUUUGGGCAACCUACACAUCUCUCUUUACGUAGCAGUAAAGGUUUGGAUAAAUUUAGAAAUAGACAAGAAGAGAACUGGACUCAUUUCUUAAAAAUGUUUUGAAAAAAAAAUAAAAAAUCUUGAUUUUUCUCAUUAAUGUCGGCACUUGACUUUUAA